AUGGGAGGCGAGCAGGGAGAGGGCGGCACUGGAGCAGCUCUCCGCCGCGGGAAGCGGUGCCUUGGACAGAAACAUCUGCAAAGAAAGUUUUCUCUUCACACGGCAAGUGUUCGCUGUGUCCGUGUGCAUUCUGCCCGCGCUGUGCUGUACAGAAUGCUCGGUAGACUUUCUGAACUUCAGUCACAGCCGCCUCCUAAGAGGCCCUUCAGGACACUGAAGGAGCAGUGGUGGAUGGGACGGGAGGUCAGCAUGCAGACUCGGGCCCAGCACGAGGAGGACAUGGGCAGCACGACUUGGCAUCCAAAUUCCUUUCCUCACCAGGCUCUGCGCUUGCUAGGAGACCAUACCAGGUCUGCACCUGACCUCUGCGCCCACCCUCACACUCUGGCCACAGAAACUUCAAUGCCUGUCUUGAACGCACUCCGUCGCCACGAGCCCGAUGCCCUGCCCAGAGCACUUCUGCCCGCCCCCCGUCCCUGGGAUUGCUGCUUCUCCAAGCCCCCCGGCCUCUCGUCGGGAUCUAGAGCCCAUGCUCGCGGCCGCUGGGCACGUUCUCUCUCGGGUGGAGGGUGGAGUCGGAUCCCCUCCACGCAGGCCUGCUGCAUCUUGAACAAUGGAAAAGAAACGAAGGCGGGAUGGGGGAGUGCAGGGUCUGCGGGGAGGAAGGAGGGUAGGGAGGUUCAUGCGAGUGCGUUCGGGGUCACUGAGCAGCAGUACCUUUUGAGCAAACCUGUGCUCCUCUUUUGUUUCCAGGUGCUAGGGGGCCUCGUCUGGAUUCUGGUCGCUUCCUCCAAUGUCCCCCUCCCUCUGCUACAAGGAUGGGUCAUGUUCGUGUCCGUGACCGCCUUCUUCUUUUCCCUCCUCUUCCUGGGCCUCUUCCUCUCUGGCAUGGUGACUCAAAUUAAUGCCAACUGGAACUUCCUGGAUUUCGCCUACCACUUCGUGGUGUUUGUCUUCUACUUUGGAGCCUUUCUCCUGCAAGCGGCAGCCACCUCCCUGAACGACCUGCAGUGCAACAUCACCCUGUCAGUGCAGCCACUCCUGAGUGACAACCAGUACCGAAUAAAUGUAGCGGCCACCGUUUUUGCCUUUAUGACGACAGCUUGUUAUGGUUGCAGUUUGGGCCUGGCCUUACGGAGAUGGCGGCCGUAACACUCCUGGGGGUUAACGAGGCUGUGUUCGUUCCCUUUGUCUCUUUGCUGUGUCAGUCACCCUGGAUAGCACUCUGUGCAGACAUACAACAUUCCCAAAGAAAUCUGUUUAGUAUGGAGAGAAAAACCCAAGUACAAGUUUUUGUUUAUUUCAUGAGUGGAAUUUUAACUUUUUUGCUAUGUUAGAGAAGUAUCUUUUCAUUUUUUUCUUAUCUUUCCUUUUUUUUGAGAAAAUCUUUCAUUAUGUCCAUAAAAUACACAGAUACUGUUCAUGAAAACGUACUGUUCCUUUAUGUGGUCACAAAGUCACUGGAACCUUAAUAGGAAACUAAUUCCCUAAAAACUGCACACUUCACCGAAUUCCAUCUUUUAAUGUAAAGUAGGAAUGGGAGAACUUUUUCUGCUACAGUGCCAGGUGGGGCACAUUAGGAUUCACGGACCACACCUGACUGUCCCAACACUUCACUGCUGCUAAAGCUGCAGCCGCACAAACGUGGCUGUAGGUGACACAUAAAUGAGCAGAUACAUUUGUGUUCUCAGAAAGCUUUAUUUACAAUCAUGAGGCAGACUGGAUUUGGCCUGCAGGCUAGGGUGUGUUAACCUCCCGUGGAAAACCUUAGUUCUGUGUUCCAUGUUGUACUGAAUGACCUUGAAAGUUUAGAAGCCUAAUUAGACAAGCCACAAAUUUAGUCUCAUGCAAUAAUUACACUGCCUUUUGCUAAUGGUCAGAUGUUCUUGGGAGGGCAUAUAAUUUCUCAAGCUAAUUCCGGCAGUCUUGGGUAUAGGAAAAAGUAAUUUAUGAAGUGGAUCCACAUUGCCUAAUCAAACUAAUGGUCUUCUAAUAUGUAAGCAGCGUUCUCCUCUGAGAAUUCCUGAAGCAGAAUCUCCUGAGACCAUUAAUCAGUACCGCAGCUAGGGUCCAGCCACUUACGUCUUAGUUUGGUUUAUUUAUGUUUAGAAUAAAGUUGUUUGCCCUCUGCAUGAGUAUCUAAGUAUUUAUGUGACACUUUUCCAAACAGAGCUCUCUGAGGAGUUAACUUUUUAGUUCUGAUUAUUUCACACUAUUUUCUGAGUUAAAUCUAAAUAGACUAUUAAAUAUAACAUAAAGCCGUACAUUCUUACAUGUUCUGAUAAACACCCAGACAUCUCUCUUGUUUUUUGUGUUGGGGAUAGGCAAAUCACUUUUAAAACAAUAGCAUCAAAAAUGGCCUCUGAAUAUGGAGGAAUAGUUUUGCCCAUCUGUAAAGACUCUAGGAAGGGUAGAAAGGAAGGCUUCUGGUUAGAUCAUAGCUGUGACCCUUGCUCUCCACUCAGGGUGCUCACCUCUCACCACAAGGGGCCACCGCGGAGGAGAGGGCUGCUGAGCCACACUCUCCACCAAGUUGGACUUCGUGGAGCACAGAACAGCUUAAACAGCAGCAUGGUCAGUGCCCACUGGUCUUGUGCUGUUUGCCUCGCACUCCCCGGAAUGACGACUCUUGUCGGAUCUUGGUUUGUGAUAGAACUAACCGUGAAGGCAGGAGACGUGUUUUCAUCUGUGGUGGGAUGAAACCAGUCUUAUGACUUUAUAAUCAUGUCAUAUCUGUUCUAUAAAGCUGACUUCCUUAAUUUUUCUAGUUCCAUAUCGUAUACCUAAGCCUGUAUUAUUAAUUAUAUAUUACAAAGUCAUAAAUGUGCCAUAAAGCUGUGUUGUGCAUCCUACUUGGAAUCAUUUAAAGGUAGUCUGCUAGAACUUAGUUGUGAGAUUUUAUUUUAUUUUUUCUAAGGUGUUCUAGGCCAUGCUUGGUGGCAUUAAAUUAAAUGCUUGUAUUAAAAUGUAUUGGUGGCACUUUUAUAAAUGGACUACUUUUAGA